UACAAUCCUGAAAAGAUAGGAGGGAGGGGGGAGAGAGACACGCAGAGACAAAGCAACAAUGGCGGGAGAGGUGGAGGAGGAGAAGAAGCUGAGCCACGUCGGAAGAGCGAUUCCGGGGAUAGCGGCGUUGAACCCGAAGCCGAGCAAAGGCUUCACUUCGAAGGCCAUUGACUACAUCGAGGAGCUCAUAGUGAAGCUCAUGUACGGCCCUCCCCGGCCCCUUCACUAUCUCUCCGGUAACUUCGGCCCGGUUCCUACAGAGACUCCUCCAGUCACGGACCUCCCCAUCACAGGCCACCUCCCUGAAUGCUUGAAUGGAGAAUUUGUGAGGGUCGGUCCCAACGCCAAGUUCGCCCCUGUGGCCGGCUACCAUUGGUUUGAUGGAGAUGGGAUGAUUCACGGACUUCGCAUCAAGAAGGGGAAGGCAACUUACGUAUCCCGCUUUGCGAAGACAUCGAAACUUAAGCAGGAGGAGUUCUUUGGGGGUGCUAAAUUUGUAAAGAUAGGAGACCUCAAGGGGUUGUUUGGGUUGCUUAUGAUCAAGUUGCAAAUAUUGAGAGCGAAACUGAAAGUCUUAGAUGUUUCGUAUGGAACUGGGACAGCUAACACUGCUCUGGUAUAUCACCAUGGGAAACUUCUGGCUUUGCAAGAGCUUGAUAAACCUUAUGCUCUUAAGGUUUUGGAAGAUGGAGACCUGGAAACUCUUGGGAUGAUGGAUUACGACAAGAGACUGGUGCAUGCUUUCAGUGCACAUCCCAAAGUUGACCCGGUAACAGGUGAAAUGUUUACUUUCGGUCAUGCACAGACGCCCCCAUAUGUCACGUACCGUGUCAUUUCGAAGGAUGGUUUCAUGCAUGACCCGGUACCGAUUACUAUACCAGAGUCCAUCUUGAUGCAUGACUUUGCCAUCACUGAGAAUUAUGCCAUUUUCAUGGAUCUUCCGUUAUGUUUCAGGCCCAAGUCAAUGGUGAAAGAAAAUAAGUUGGCCUUCGCUUUUGAUGCUACAAAGAAAGCACGGUUUGGUGUACUUCCACGUUAUGCAAAGAACGAGCUCCAGAUCAGAUGGUUCGAGCUUCCAAAUUGCUUCAUAUUUCACAAUGCCAAUGCAUGGGAGGAGGAAGAUGAAGUUGUUCUCAUCACAUGCCGUGUUCUGGAUCCAGAUCUAGAAAUGCUUAAUAACUCUAUCAACGAAAAAGUCAAGCAUUACCAAACUGAACUGUACGAGAUGAGAUUCAACAUGAAAACAGGUCUAGCAUCGCAAAAGAAGUUAUCCGGAUCUGCCGUUGAGUUCCCCAGGAUAAACGAUACCUACACUGGCAGGAAACAGAGAUAUGUCUAUGGGACAGUCUUCGACAGCAUUGCAAAGAUUACUGGGAUCGUAAAGUUUGAUCUACAUGCGGAACCAGUGGAAGGAAAAGACAAGAUUGAAGUUGGAGGGAAUGUUAAAGGGAUCUUCAAAUUGGGAGAAGGUAGAUUCGGUUCGGAAGCUGUUUUUGUCCCUCGAGAGGAUGGCAUUGCUCUCGAAGAAGAUGAUGGAUACUUGAUAUUCUUUGUGCAUGAUGAGAAAACCGGAAAAUCAUAUGUAAACGUAAUUGAUGCAAAAACAAUGUCAGCUGAUCCCGUUGCUGUGGUAGAUUUGCCGAGUAGGGUUCCAUAUGGGUUCCAUGCAUUGUUUGUGACCGAGGAACAACUUUUAGAGCAAGCAAAACUUUGAUCUGCUGCUCGUGUGCAAGGGCGUGUUCAAAGUUGAUCUCUCGUGUUGACUAUGCUCUAUUUUCUUACCCACCUUCCACGAAAGACGAUUUCCCUCUUGUUGAUGUAGCUGUGCAUCGUAUUAUAUGUUGUUAGCACCAGGUAGUGGGUGCCAUUGAUAUAUAACUUGUAAAAGCAAGUGUUAAAAGUACCUUAGCAUUGUAUCUUUCUCUUCUAAUAUAUAUGCAAACCUUUUUUCUUUAA